AUGGGGGAUGAAAACCGAACUGGAAUGACUGAAUUCUACUUCCGUCCCUUCUCGAGUCUCCCCAAUGUGCAGCUGCUGAUUUUCCUGAUCCUCCUGCUCAUGUACAUGGUCAGUGUCUGUGGGAAUGGCACCAUUGUGCUCAUUGUCUGUACCGAUCGCUCCCUCCAUACCCCCAUGUACUUCUUCCUGGCCAACCUGGCAGCUAUGGAGAUCUGCUACUCCACCAUCAUCGCCCCACUGACCCUGGCCAAUCUUACAUCUUUGAGGAAGGCCACCAUCUCCCUGGCUGGCUGUGGCACCCAGAUGUUCUUCUUUAUCUUCCUGGGAGGUGCUGGAUGUAUCCUGUUGGCUUUCAUGGCAUAUGACCGAUAUGUGGCUAUCUGCCACCCACUGCGCUACACCCUCAUUAUGAGCUGGACUGUCUGUGUGAGCAUUGUAGCUGCAUCCCUGGCACUGGGCUUCUUGGUAUCCCUUAAUAUGACCAUCCUGAUCUUCCACCUGCCAUUCUGUGGCACCAAUGAAAUCUACCAUUUCUUCUGUGACAUUCCUGCUAUUCUGCGUCUGGCAUGCAGCAACACCCAUGUCCACCAGGUCGCCCUCUAUAUUUGUAGUGUCAUAAACGUGGCCAUCCCUUUCCUGUUGAUUUGCUUCUCCUAUGCCUUCAUUGUGGUCGCCAUCCUGCGGAUCAGCUCUGGAGCUGGCCGGCACCGCACCUUCUCCACCUAUUCCUCCCACUUGAUGGUUGUUGCCCUGAUGUACGGCUGCAGCAGCUUCAUAUACUUACACCCUAGUUCCAGCUACUCCCCAGAGCAAGGCCGGGUAGUGUCUGUGGUGUACACCUUCGUCACUCCUGUCAAUACAGGAACUCCUUGA